AUGUGAAGGUGAACUGUGGGCACGAGACUAGCUCAGCUCUGAUGACAGCGUGCUGGUUACUGCAGAUAGCUCCUGCCUGUGCACAGCUGGUCCUUGCACGCUUGACAAAAUCACUUGACAGCGGUACCACAGGCUUCUUUGUUUUCUGCCUCUCUAGACACCUUAACACCUCAAGGCCAGCCCUGCCAGCUCCUGCGUGGGGUGUGCUCUUGGAGCUCACGCUUGAUCUCUGUAUGGGACACCCGUGUCCAGGGCUUUACACACUCGGGAUUGUCUAUGCUAAACACAUACAAAGAGCCAGGAUUCUUGUACGUUCAGAAGCUGGGGGUGGGCCAGCUCCAGAGUCGCUUAGACGGGACCUGCCGAGCCUGCCCCCCUGAGCACCAGCUGAAGUGGGCAGCAAGCUGUGGCUGCUUGACAUCCUGCAGCACUGGGCUGUCCUUGGGUUGCACUGAUUUGGCCUGAGCGAUGAAGCCCAAUGAGGCGAGGCAGGCUGGGCCCUUGAUCUGCUGAGCCACACCUUGCACAGGGUUGUCCAUAUUUCCCCUAGAUAAUCCCCUUAAUGCAUCCUAAUAGGAUGUUGGAUUCAUUCACUGGUUCCUAGAAAGCACAGAGGAGUAGCCUAGAAACACAAGUUCUGGGGUCUUGCCAUUGCCCUAAUCCAUCCGGAAGGAUCUGAAUCAGUGACGAUAGUAAAACCUUGCAGCCUCUUUUCUAGAUGUGCCUGGAAGUGGUUGGAUCAAAGCCACAGGAAACAUGCCUAGUGCUCUUAGAGCCGAGUUACAGAUUCCAUGAUGAUGGGCUGAUCUUGGAGGAGGUGGAAAAAUCGUCUGGAAGGAUGCUACAGGGUGAUAAGCCUUGACCACAUGCAGUGAGAUACGAAAAGCUGCAGGUCCCGUGACUGCAUCGGUGUAAAAUGUCCAGGACAGAAAGAUCCAUGGAGACAAAGUAGAUUAGCUGUUGCCAGGGCUGGAGGAGAAAGGUGCUGGGACGAGGAAGGGAACUGGCGUAGAAAGUGCUCAGGAAUUAAUUAGUGGUCAUAGGGGCACAGUACUGGGAACCAGCCUAAGUCCCUAGGAGCACUGAGCGUGGCUAACACGGUGAUUAUGUCCCCGUCCUUUUACUCACAGGUUCACACAGACCUCCCCAGGGGAUCCUUGUGAGUGGGCCUGCUCCAGAGAGCAGUGAGCCGGGACACUGGGAAGGUCUCUGGUUCUACAGACCAGAGUAGGCCAUGGUGGGUGUGGAGACUGUGCUUGGCAGAGGCUCUAACUCUGUACCCUGUCCCUGUCCCAGCUGUGCCCUGCCCCUGGCCUCUUGAUUACCUAGCCUUCAGGUUCCUUCCUGGACACUCUGUUGGCAGGAGAGUUGGUAAACUUGAGAGUGGAUCUAAGAAGACUUCCUUGAACCUCCUUAAGUUCAUCUGCCUUCUACCCCCUCUUUAGACAGGACUGACUGCCUGCAGAAGCUGCCCCAUGAUCAGGGAGGGAACAAGAGGUCCCAGGAGGAUAGUAACCACAGACCCAGCCUAGGAGCUUGAGGCCUCUCAGGUUUCUCAAGGAUCAGAAGAAAUGACCUGGUUGGGGGCCUACAAACAACUAUUGUUCCCUACAUUAGCUCGACGGCAGGGAUGCUGAAAAGGCUCCUGGAGGACUGGCUCCUGCUUGUCUCACUUCCAGUGACUGCUGCACAGCUCUAGUUUGUGGCCUGUCCUCAUCUCCCAGACUUGCCACUCCGCCCUUGAUGACCUCUGACCAUUCACUCCUGCACACUUACAAGGAUACCUUGUAACAUCGGAGAAGAGAUGUAAAACCACCCAUGCACCCUGGGUAGGACACCAAGGGCUUAUUGGACCAAUGAGCUCACUGGAAUUUAUUACGGGAAUAUGGGUGACUCUAAGAUGCCCACCCCAGUGUGGGUGUUGGACCCCAAAGUUGCCCCAGUCAACCCUCUGCCCACUCUGCCCCUGCAGGAAGAAGCGAGUACUAGGAUCUCAGACGAGGGUCUUAUGGCCACAUCUAAGUGGGUUUCAGCAGGCCUGACCUCCCUGAGGGGCUCCUGCUGUGGUCACAUGACCACUCCAGGCCCACCUCUCCAUUUCAAGAAUCUUAUCUGCAGACCUCCCCUCUGCCCACAGGUUAGGAUGGAGCCAUUUUUGUGCCCUUGUCAGUCCACACUGGUGUAAACGUGAUCCCUAAGGUGUCACGUGUUUACCAAAGUGGGACCGUAGAUUCCUGUGAGCUGCCACUUAAAGCCUAAGGGACCCGCCAUCCUCAACCCUAGCUCUGUGGCACCAGCAUUCACUGGGUUGCCUCUGCGGUCUGUGGGGCCCCAGGAAGCCCCAUCUCCUCAGCAUGGUGUCUUCUUUUCAACAUUUCAAGCUUUCUUAGACGGCUGUUAGGAGCCCUGUAUCAAACCAGUGUACCCUGGGGUGCUGAUGGACUGACUGGUACUGGCAGCUUCUAGAGGCUCCCUAUGAGGCUGAGGUUUAAAAAGUGGGGGGUUGGGGUUGGGGAUUUAGCUCAGUGGUAGAGCGCUUGCCUAGCAAGCGCAAGGCCCUGGGUUCGGUCCCCAGCUCCGGAAAAAAAAAAAAAAAAAAAAAAAAAAAAGAAAGAAAAAAAGUGGGGGGUUGGGGGAAUUAGGCAAUAUCAUGUGACCUGUGCCCUGCUUUCAGCACUACCUGCUAUUGUUAGCCCUUCCUUGCUAGCCAUGAAUGACCACAGACAGGAGCCACUGUUUUCAUAGGUGGUCAAGCCAGAGCCCCAGUGCCAAUAAGGUGCCCACGCCCACAAGCUACCUCACAGGAUCAGGAAUUUCGUAAGCAUCAGUGAGAGUCCUCAUCAUAUACCCUGUGGGGAGGAACAGAACAGCCCUCAGGAAGCCCCUGAUGGGAUGAGUACACAGCCAGCAGGAGAAUGAAGGGAGCUGGCUUGAAGGCAUCGGUGCUCCAGAACAGCGCCCUGCGAGCCACCACCUGCAGGAUCCCCAGGGUGCACACAUCCUUGCCUGUCUUCUGCUCCAGUGCUGAGGGCCUGGCUGCAAUGGGCUGAGCAGAGGGUGGCCUCCCACCCUCGCCUAGCUACAGAUGGAGCCCUGCAGGGUGUCCCCUUCACAGCUUGGGAAAGGUCACGCCGCUCCGGGAGGGCAGCAGGGGGUGGAUAUCAAAGCCCCAAAGAAUUAAGAGAUCAUGGAAUUUUACAGACCAGUGGCCAAUUUCUAAGUCAUGCACACUAAUGGGCAGCUAAUGAGGGACCCUGGGCAGGGACCAGGGAGUGCCCUGAGCCCCUGAGCCUGAUUAAGGAGCACAAAGAUUUAGCCACUGACUGGCCAAGCACUUUUCAUCUUUUUCUUUAGGAGCUUAUUAGCGCGGGUAGAAGUGGGGUGUCGAGCCUCCUGGCUCCUGGAAGGUGUGCCCCGGGUCAGCUCUGUGCUACUGUGUGUGGCCCCUCUCCCUGCCAACUAGGGCACUGGCCUGCCCCACUUCCCACUCCUCCUGUAGCAUUCAUCCACCUGGCCCAGAUUUCACAGCCUCACUCUAGUGAGGAGGAUGUGGAGUAGAAAGGCCUUUAUUCAGCUCAGCAGGGCCAGUGAACACCAGACCCCAGGCUAGUUCCUGAAAACAGGGCCAUAGCCAUGGAGGAGAACCAAUCAAUAGCCCCAUGAGGAGGCCAGAGAAAGCACUCCCCAGCUCCUGCGGAGGGAGGAUGGCCCUAUCACAGGCUGACCUGAGAGAGAGAGAGAGAGAGAGAGAGAGAGAGAGAGAGAGAGAGAGAGAAAGUCCCUGAUGUUUCAAGCCAUGAAGCUUUAGAUGACAUCUGCCCCAGGAGCUGUCACAGGGGGGAGACCUGUAAAAGUGACUUUCCUGUUCUUUCUGGAGUCCCUUCCUUCUUUCCCUCCUCCCUCCUUCCUACAGUACUUCCUGUGUGCUGACUCUUGUCAGCACAGGGCAGGGGGCCAGUGGAAUCACAGCCUUCCCAGGCCUUCCUGCUGAGAUGCUGUCGGGCAUUUAGUGAGAACCAGCUGUGUGGAGCCUCAAGGAGGUCACCAAGUCAGGGUGGAGCUGCUAGGAACACAGGAGGAAACAGCACUUUGGGGGUGUCCCUGACAGGCUGAUUGGAUGGGGUGGGGCUCUGGGCAUGUUUGAUGGAAAGCACUUCUCAGCAGGGUCCCUGGGCCAGCAACAGGAAACAUAUGAGACAGGCAGAGUCUCAGACCCCAUCCCAGGCCCACUGAGGCAGAAAUUGCAGGGCUGGGCUGGCCGCUUGUCUGCAGUAGUCCUCCGGGGGAUUCCCAAGAAAAGAUUGGGGUCAGACUUCCAGCAACAAGCCAAUGAAAAUGCCAAGUUGACCUUGACAUCUUGACGUGUGUCUUCCAGCGCAGGGGUUUGAGUUUGGUGGCUUAGCAGCUGCACGCUGCUUCAGAGAGCUUCCAAGUCUGCCUCCUUCUCAGUGUGGCUUCUGCCUGGGGCUUGUUAGAAAUCAAGAACCUUGGGCUUCCCCAACAGGCAAUCAGUCUGCCUUUUCGAAGGGUGUCAGACACAGCUGAGUCACGUGGUUAUUUGAGGAGCACCCACCACUGGUCUUGUAAGAGGCAGGGAGAGAGAGGACUUACCAGGGAUGCUUAGUGACCCUUCCACAAAUGGGCUUCAAUGUACUGCCAGCCAGUGACAGCUAGUAAUGGUGAUAGACUUAGCCUUCCAUGGUCCUCCCCAAGACCUGGGGCUCUGAAGAAACUGACCCCAGGCCUGCAGUGGGUGGGGUCGGUUUCUGGGGGCCUAUAUGGAUCCCAGCUGAGCUCUGCCCAACAAGCAGCUGACAAAGCCACACCCCGAGGAGGGGCUUCUACUGAUCACAAGAAUUAAGACAUCCCGAUCAGGUCAGAAACCUCCAAAGUUGCAAGCUCUUGGAACAGGUGGCCUCAAUCUGUCUUCUCUGUCCCUCCGACUUGGAUCCUUAACCCAACACAUGCCCUUAGGAUUCCCCAAUGAACAUCUCAAGAGCCCAGACCUGUGGAGGUAGACUCUCCUUUCCCCCGCCUCCCAGGGCUGCAGCAGGGCAGCUGAAGCACUAAGAGGAAGCCUAAAUUGGAAUCUGCUGACCCAGGCCUGUGGGGCACCUUACUGGGUUUGGUAAGGAUUAGGGAUCCGGGCACUGUGGGAGCUGAAUUUGGAAGCACAGUUGUGGGUGGGAGCUGGGGAGAGACUCUCCACCAGAAGAGGAAGCCGGGGCUUCAGAUGAAAAGGGGAAGGAGAGAUAAGGUCAGGGUUGCCUCGGGGUUAGAGAGGAUGGGAGAGAGCAGUGUAAGUUACGGGGCCAGGUAUGGAUGUGCAUGGCCGCCUUUGGAAGAGGCGAGGAAACCAAAGAGGAUGGGGUUGGGGGAGUGAGGAGUACCACCAUUGUUGCUCAUGCUGACCUUGAGACCUCGAGUUUAAGGGAUCGGAAAGGAAGGUUCGGUGCUAGCCCUCCUCUCUGCUGCCCCAGCCAUGGAAGGGCAGACCAGAGGGAGCAGAGGCCUUCCGGAGAAGCCCCUCCCUGCUACCACCCAUCCCCCUCUGUCCUCACUGGGCGCCGUGUUCAUCCUCCUGAAGUCCGCACUGGGAGCUGGCCUGCUCAACUUCCCCUGGGCCUUCUACAAGGCAGGAGGCCUGGUGCCCACCUUCCUGGUGGCACUGGUAUCCUUGGUCUUCCUGAUCAGCGGUCUGGUCAUCCUGGGCUAUGCAGCAUCUGUCAGUGGCCAGACCACCUACCAGGGUGUGGUCCGUGAGUUAUGUGGCCCCGCCAUGGGGAAGCUGUGUGAGGCUUGCUUCCUGACCAACCUGCUCAUGAUCUCCGUAGCCUUCCUCAGAGUGAUCGGGGACCAACUGGAAAAGUUGUGUGACUCCCUCCUGCCUGACGCCCCACAGCCCUGGUACGCAGCCCAAAGCUUCACCCUGCCCCUGAUCUCCGUGCUGGUCAUCUUCCCCCUGUCAGCACUUCGGGACAUCGCCCUCCAGGAGUACACCAGCAUCCUAGGUACUCUGGCUGCCUGCUACCUUGCUCUGGUCAUCACUGUGCAGUACUACUUAUGGCCCCAGGGCCUUAUACGACAGCCCGGUCCUUUGCUGAGCCCAUCUCCCUGGACCUCUGUGUUUAGUGUCUUCCCUACCAUCUGCUUUGGAUUCCAGUGUCAUGAGGCCGCGGUCUCCAUCUACUGCAGCAUGCAGAACCAGAGCCUCCCCCACUGGACCUUGGUUUCUGUGUUGUCCUUAAUGGCCUGCUGCCUUGUCUACACGCUGACAGGGGUUUAUGGCUUCCUGACCUUCGGGACGGAAGUUUCUGCUGAUAUCUUAAUGUCCUACCCAGGCAAUGACACAGCCAUCAUUGUAGCUCGGGUUCUCUUUGCUGUCUCCAUUGUGACCGUCUACCCCAUCGUGCUGUUCCUGGGGAGGUCUGUGAUGCAGGACUUUUGGAAAAAGAGCUACUGGGCCACACAGGGGUCCCCAGUGCUGGCUGACCCCUCAGGGCCUUGGGUUCGGCUGCCACUGACCUUCCUGUGGGUGGCAGUGACGCUCGCCAUGGCUCUGUUCCUACCGGACCUCAGCGAGAUCAUUGGCGUCAUCGGUGGCCUCAGCGCCUUCUUCAUCUUCAUCUUCCCAGGUUUGUGCCUCAUCUCUGCUGUGGACACGGAGCCCAUAGGACCAAGAGUCAAGUGCUGCCUGGAGGCCUGGGGCACCCUCUCUGUGCUGCUGGGCACCUUCGUCUUUGGGCAGAGCACAGCUGGGGCCUUGGUGGAGCUGCUCUGACGUGGGCUGACACAGUCACUCCUGCGUCUGGCCUGAAGACCCUGCUGCCCUAUGGACUAAGCUCUGCUCCUCCUGUGGCUCACUGGACCCUGGUGAGGAAGGACUGCGGUGACAAGUUGCUUUCACGUGGUGACUCAGGACAGUAGAAGCCCAUGCUGCUGAAAGCUAGAAUGCGAGCUGGAGAGUAGUGGGCCAUGCUGCUUCAGAAGGUUCUGGAAAGCUCCUCCCACAUCCUCCUCUGGUGUCCCUGACUUGUAGAUGUUAUCAUCGUAGUCACGGGGUCAACACCUGCCCUGUGUGUCCUCUCCCAAGCAGGAUGCCAGCUACCUAGCCUAGGCCCAUCUCUAGUUAGUGAGCGCUUGUCUGCACUGGCUAUGUCUAAAGAUGUCUGUCUUUGUUACUGUUCUAUUGCUGUGCAGAGACACAUGAUCAAGGCCACUCAGAGAAGAGUUCAUUGGGGGCUUACAGUUUCAGAGGGUUAGAGUCUGUGGCCAUCGUGGUAGGGAGCAUGGCGGGCAGGUGGGCGGGCAGGCAUGGUGCUGGAGUGUAGCUGAGUGUUCCCAUCCUCCUCUGCAAGCUCAAGACAGCGCACACUGGGAAUGGUGUGCACUUUUGAAAUCUCAAAGCCUACUCCCAGGGACACACCUCCUCCAACAAGGCCACACCUCCUAGUCCUUCCCAAACAGUUGAGACCAACCAUUCAAAUGUGAGCCUCUUGGGGCCGUUUUUAUUCAAACCGCCAUAUUCCACUCCCUGGCCCCCAUUGCAAAAUGCAUUCAGUCCAGCUUCAAACGUUCCCAUUGUUGGGGUUUGACUUCAGGUUGUGUGAGGGACGUAAUGAAUUUGAGAGACAAGCGUGAAGACAUCUAACGUUGCUAUUUCUCAGGAAGUAAAUUUGGAAUGUCCACACAUGUGGGAAGGGAGCACAGGAAUGCUUGUGACCUUCCUCGGGCUCUAGAAAAUAGUAAACGAGAUUCUCAUACCUCAGACAUUUCUCUGAUGACAGAUAAUACUGUCGUGUUUAUAAAAACUUGAAUAUGCCAGGCUGUGAGGCAGGCUUCCCCGUAACUGCCAACUCCUAGCUCUGUUAUCAAAGAACAUUUACUUGGGGCUGGCUUACAGGUUCAGUUCAUUAUCAAGGCAGGAAGCAGGGCAGCAUCCAGGCAGGCAUGGUGCAGGAGGAACUGAGAGUUCUACAUCUUCAUCCGAAGGAAGCCAGGAACAGGCUAGAGGAAGGGUCUUAAAGCCCAUGCCCACAGUGACACACCUACUCCAACAGGGCCACACCUUCUAAUAGUGCGACUCUCUGGGCCAAACAUGUACAAACUACCACACCAUCCAUGGCCCCGGGCACCGCCAGCAUCAUGGGAUCCCCACCACAAUCUAGCUGCCUUCUUCAUGGCUUCAUGCAACAGCCUCUCAGGCUUCCAUGCAGAAACUCCCCUGCCAGCCACACACUUGGCCUCAGCAGCUUUUCCCGCGGAGAAGAUUCCACAACUCAUUUCUUUGCUCCUGUAUCCUUUAUGAUUCCAAAGCCAGAACCACACGGAUGCUGCUGCCAAGCUUGCUGCCUGCUUGGGCUGGAGCCUGGGCACCCUCCGUGAAUCACGUUUGCAUAAGCUUUGCUUCGCUGUUGCUCUGUAGGAGCAGAAGACCCCUCUGGCCUUUUCCUUUCAAGAACUGCAGAUUAUCUGGGCGGGGCCCCACCCUAAGUGUACAAAGUCUCUUCUCUUUCAGCACAAAUCAGCUCUAGCAUGGGAUUUCCUGGUGGCCUUUUCUCCUCAGACUUGUAUUUUUGUAUACUUGGCUUUUGUUCAUUGUAGACCUGCAUACAAGUGACCACUAAUGACCAAGGGACAGACUCAAUAUUGGCUGUCUUGAAAUCUUCAUCCAAAACUUGAAUUUAGCUUCCAGCAUAUUCUUGCCUUGUUUAUGGGGGAGCCACGUGUGUCAGGGGAAGGGAAGGGGGGGAAACCUGGUUGUUUCUUGGGCCCAAGUGCUUCUGGGUACAACUGGAGUAGGAGCCCCUUCUCUAGUUUGGUGGAAUUCUGUGCCAGACCCUUCCUAUUUGUGCCAAGUGCUGUGUCUGGGGCCUCAUGAAGUUGGUGUAACCAGUCUGUGGUGUGGUAUUUUCUCCCACCUCCUCACAGGCAUGGAGUUUCAAUGUUGAAAGGCGGUUCUUAAGACUCACGCUUUGAAGGCAUGCUGACCGACAGACAUAGCCUAGAAUUUAGCUGCAGUCACAGCCUAAUCCCAGUGAGCAUGCUGUCUCACCUCCAAAAGACUCCGAGUCCUUUAGCACUCACUCCACCCUGUGCCUGUGCUCUCUUGUCCUGUGUCUUGCCGGCUUAGCUGUCCCAUGAGCUGUCACUGCAGCAGAUGGUUAUAUGUGGCUGCCCUGGUGUCAUGUUGCAAAUUCCCACCAUAUGUUUAACAGCGAGUCCAUGGAGCAAGGGAAGUCAAAGCCACUGGUCUUGCAAGGUCCUUUAUGAGAGCGACUGCUUUGGCCUUGAAUUCCCUUUCACCUUCCUCUCUGCUAUUCUGUACUGUGGAGUGGACAGAGGGUUGGGCCUCCAUCCUCUGACCAGCCCCGUGUGACCUACUGCUGUCCCAUCCAGAGGCUCAGGAUCGUCCUAGAAAGGUUGGUUCCAGAACAAGCCAGGCAGUGUCUGAGGACUUGUUAGCCCUUGGAGCAGGCAGUGGCCAGACUGCCUGUCAUCCUUGUGAAGGUUUGCCCCUGUGAGACCACUUGCUGUACUAGGUAAUGUCUAACAGGGGCAGUAAGUGCCUGAGUGAAGGAGGCUGUGGGCAAACCGGCCUUGGAGCUGAGCUAUUGGCUCUGCCUCGGGGAAGGUGUGUGCACCUGUUCAACCAAUGAAACGUGUGUGUGUGUGGGGGGGAGUGUUCUGUGUGAAUAAUAAAGAUAUAAAAGUUAUCCCCAUCAGCUAGAGCGAUGUCAUGCUGGCACCCCAGCCGAGGGUGAGAAAUGGGAGGAGACACUGAGUUUCCUGGCAGCCAAGGGGAAAAGGGAAAUAAUGUGGAGGCAGGGGCUUGUCCAAGAGGAGGGUACAUGAGCACAGAAGUGAGGAUGAAGACCCCCGGAGGGAGGGAGGGAGGGAGGGAGGAUAAGGACCCUGACAGUGACUGGAUGUUGCUACUGGGGACAGAGGUGCCCAUCUCAGUUCUGUAUCAGGAUCGGAUGUAAGUCACAAAUCUGCAUAACAAGAGGAUAUGCAAACUGGAUACUGAUGUCAAACAAGGAAGUGGAAGGAGAGGAUUUGAGUGAGGUCCUGCUUCAUUUCUAAGUGGAUUUCAGGUCUGGCAGCAGCUGGCUUUAGGAAGAGUGCAGUGGGCACCCUUGGGCACCCUUGGCCUGUGAGCGUGCUGCUUGGCUUGUAGACUAUGUGGCCUUCAUGAAGUGGGCGUCCUUUCUAAGCCUUGCUCACCCUUAGGUCACAAGCCCAGCAAAGCUCCGGAAUGGCAUUCCCAGCUCCCUGUCCUCCCAUAUAACUAGUCAUGCCCCGUUCUCCCUGUUGUCCUCCAGUGAGACAAAGCUCAAAUCCCCCUGAGGGACACACUCUGUGUCUUCAGCACCGAGCAGAAGUCACUAGCUCGGUGUCACUAGCUCCCCAUCGAAGGUGACAGCGCCCUCUCCCAUGUCACCGCUGACACUGUAGAGGAUGUUCCUGCCUGAGAAUCACAAGCUCUGGGGGCGCUGUGUGCCAGGGGAACCUCUUGGAAGGCCAAGGCAGUCUUGGCUGCUGCCUGCAACCUUGGGAGUAGCCAAGACACAGGCUCACAGGGUCCAGCCAGGAUUGCCUUGGGCAUCUCCUGCAGAGGGCCUUGGUGUGCGUCAGCCUAGCAGGGAGGCAGCUGGCAGGAGACUCAGGAGCUGAAAGCCAUGAGAAACCAUGAGUGACACAGCCAUCGCUCCAAGGCCUCCCUCCCUCUGGAGCAUCCUCUCCCCCUGGGGCUCCCUCCACCCUGUGAGCAUUCCCUUCACCAACCAAGCCACAACCUGCCUGUGGGUUGUUCAAUCUAUGGGCACGUGUGUGGCGUCUGUCACUAUUGCAGUGUUUUCUAGGUUCAUCUGUGCUAUGGCAGGUGUCAGCACCCUUCACUGUGACUGAGUGCAGCCGUCCCUUUGUAUCCAUAGGGGUCCACAGAUCUGUCUGUAAACCAGGAGUCUCUCAUGGAAAAGGAGUAGAACCACCGGGUCACAUGGUUACCAUCAUGAACAGUUUGAGGAAGCAGGCACAGAUAUUAACAGGAUUGGAGUUGUUCUGCCAAGACGCUACUGCUGCGUGGUGUGGUGUGAGGCACAGGAUUGUGGGUAAUGUGUUCUGUCCUUGGCUCUUCUCGAGGUACUACCAUGCUGUGUGACCUUGGUGAGUAGCUUGCCCUCUCUGUGUCUGUAUAUCGUCUCCUGGGUGCUGGUUCCUGACUAGUGUAAAUGUAAGAGAAGGUGGAGAACCUGGCAGGGGACAUUCCUCAGUCUGUCCCCACACCUCCCAAUAGCGAGGAUCUUGAAGCUUUGCACUUAGUUCUACUGUACUGUAAAGAACUUGGGCAAAGUGUGGUGAGAGGAAGAGGUGUGCGGUGUUCUGUUAAGUGGGAACCCCUCAGUGAUACCCCCAACACAGCAGCCUCCUCACAAACUGUCGUACUGUAUGGGAAUGGGGCAGCCAUGGGCUGGUAGGACGACAUUUACCCGGGCUGAGGUGCCAGCAGGGACCUUCCCUGGGCUGAGCUAGGUAAUUCCCAACCAUCACAGGGUGGCUUUGCGACCCACUUUCUGCAGGAAGCCUCUGAUUCUUCAAGGCUGGUGUGGGAUACUCCAGUUAGAGCCAGAAGCUGGGAUCUGAGUCUGCUGUACUCUCCCUAGGGGUGGGUGUGUUGGAGUGGUUUGAGUGGCUGGCAGCUGACUGGGUGGAACCUUUGAGCGAGCAGGGGACACAAGCUCCAGAAGGAGAUCUGCUGCUCUCCUUAAUGACCAAGGCUUCUGUGACAGUCUUUCCUGCUGAGCAGGAGAGGAAGCAGAGUGGACUGUCCAGCCCUGACCUGCCAAACGGCACCAUAAGCACAGGAACUUUUGGAGAGUCCCUGACAGACAGGGCAAUGGGAGCCGGAGACAUCAGAGACCACUGUGACUCCAGGUCUCCAGGAGCAGCACCACGGUCCACAAGGAGAGCAGGGUUUUUAGAUGCGUUUGUUUGAUGGUUCAGUCGGCACAUGACUGAGACCCAAGUUCAACCUGGAGAAAAUGGUGUUGAGGGCAGGAAGAUGGCUCAGCAGGUGAAGGAGACUGAAACAGUCCGAUGGCCUGAGUUUGAUUCCCAGACCUACACAGCCGAGGACAGAACCAACUCCUGGACGUGUCCUCUGACCUUGCAGUGUGACAUAAGCUAGAGUCAUCUGAAAGGAGGGAGAGCCCAGCCCACUAAGGGUGGAGUCAUCCCUAGCCUGGUGGUCCUGGGUUCUAUAAGAAAGCAGGCUGAGCAAGCCAUGGGGGAACAAGCCAGUAAGCAGCAUCCCUCCAUGGCCUCCGCAGCAGCUCCCGCCUCUGUGUUCCUGCUCCACUCCCUUUCCUGAUGAAUAGCGAUCUGAAGUGCAACUGAAAUAAACCCUUUCCUUCCCAAGUUGCUUUUAGUUAUGGGAUUUCAUCACAACAGCAUCCUGAGACCUCACAAACAUCCCAUCCCAACCCCUGGUACAUAAUGUACACAUACAUACACACACACACAAGCUGGGUACUCACUUAUCUCAGGAACAACUCCCCAACUGACCUCUGACCUACACACACACACACAUGCAUAUCUACACAGAGGGAUGUUUACACACAAAAUACCUGGGUUGAGAAGAGGAACCUGCAGCUCCGGGAGGAGACAGGACCGACCUGGCUCCCGAUGACGCCAUUCCAACACACAGCCUCUGGCACCUUCCUUAGGCCAUCUACCAGUCUGUCCAGUCAAACCAUCGUCACCCUUUCUUGAUAUUGGCAAUGUGCAGACCCCUCACUGGUGACCACAGUCCCCUGCUCUGCCUUAAGGCAGGUGACCUGCAGUCUAGAAGACACCUCUCCUGGGGGCUAUGGCGUCUCCCUCUCCCCACCAAGCCCCGGCAGGAAGCUCUUUACUUACUGGAAGCAGUUCCUUUCUUCAGCAGUGCUCCGAAGGUACUGUCUCAGGGAAUCCAAGAACUCGCCCAGCUGCUCAGGGCACACGGCCAUCUCCUGCCGGACCAGCUGCAGGUACUGUAAGCCAGAGUGGCCGUGAACACGUGUGCCACGCCCUUCCCCAGCCACAAGGGCAUCAUCCCAAUCCCGGACCUUGCUUCGGAGAGGUCAAAAUAAACCCACUACACUUUUUAUUCUUA